UUAUUCUAAAAUGUAGGUGGUGUAUUUAUAAUUGAACAUGAAAAAAAAAGAAGAAGAACACAGCACUCCACAUUCCUUCGCUUCCCAGCAACGGCACAAACCUUAUUAACACUAACACCAAACAAUGUUUUCUUGGCUCAGCCCAGUUGCCUUAUACGGCGGUUUCCUCCGUUGGUGCCUGAGCGGCGCCGGCCUAAUUUCUAAAUCCAUAGAAAUCGACGACGAAACGACGAUCCACUUUUGGGGUCCAAAAUUAUCAAACAGUAAACCAUCACUUAUCUUAAUUCACGGCUUUGGUCCUCACGGCGUUUGGCAAUGGCGUCCACAGAUAACAUCCUUCUCUAACGAUUUCAACUUAUAUAUUCCUAGCCUUGUCUUCUUCGGCCGUUCUACAACCAAAUCUCCUCACAGGUCCGAGGUUUUUCAAGCAACCUGCGUCGUCAAGCUUAUAGAGAAACUUGGUAUUGAAAAGUGUUCAGUUAUUGGGACUAGUUAUGGUGGAUUUGUUGCGUAUCACAUGGCAAAAAUGUUGCCAGGAAAGGUAGAAAAGGUGAUUAUAGCAAGUUCAGGGGUUAAUAUUAAGAAAAUAGAUAACGACGGGCUACUGAAAAGGGCUAAAGUUGAGAAGAUUGAGGAUUUGCUGUUGCCGGCGACGGCGAGUCAGCUCCGGACGUUGAUUACUUUGUCUACUUACCGGCGUCCGCCAUAUCUGCCGGAUUUCUUGUUCAAUGAUUUCAUCAACAAAUUGUAUCUUGAAAACAGGAAGGAGAAGUUGGAACUGUUAAAAGGGUUAAGCAUUGGAGGAGAUGACACAGUAGAUCAUAUAACUCCACUUCAACAGGAUGUAUUAAUUGUGUGGGGAGAGCAUGAUCAAAUAUUUCUGCUUGACAAGGCAACUGAACUCAAAGAGCUUCUUGGACAGAAGGCUAGAUUGAAAAUCAUUAAAAAUGCUUCUCAUGUACCCCAACUCGAGCAUGGGGCCAAGUUCAACAAAAUAGUUAUCGACUUCUUGUGUGGUUCAGAUGAUUAAUUAAUUAGACUUCUUAUUUCUAAUUCUUGUAUUUCUUGUCUACAAGCUCAGGUACUAAUUUGAAAAGAUUUAUUACUUUUUUAAAUUUUAUUUUGCACUAUAUUGAGGAAAUAUAUAUUGCGCUUUGAAAGAUUCUGUAAAUAAGAUAAUUCACCGUCAUUUUGUACUUAGUUUGUUAUUUCUAUAA